CAGUAGGCGGAUGACUACUUCCGUAAUUCUCUCUUUCCGCUUCUUUACAGUUGACUGUAAGCGGCCGUCAAGAUGUCGUCCCAUCUAAACUGGAUGAUCAUUCGCAACAACAAUGCGUUUCUGUUGAAGAAGCGCAACAUUAGCAAGCCCUUCUCUACGGAGUCAAAUAACCUGACUAAUCUGAGCAGUUACCGCUACUCGGGUUUGGUUCAUCGCAAGAGCGUUGGCAUUGUUGAUACCCCAGACAAAAAGGGUUUCACUGUUGUCUAUAAAAAGGCAAAGUCAGUGAACAAGCCUGCCAAAGCAACCGUUAGACGGACAAUGAAGGCUGGUGCACGUCGUUCACUGCACAAACUCCGCACUCUUCUUACUGCUAACAAAUACAGAGUGGACCUGAAUAAGGUUGCUCUGCGUCGUGCUUCUGCUGUACUGCGCUCACAAAAGCCAUUACCUGCAAAGAAGAUCCGUGCUCCUAAAAAAGCCGAUUAAACUGUACAAGUCAAUAAAAAAAUUUAAAUAA